CCGCGAUCGUAAAAGCUGCCCGUGGCUGAGCUAUAAUCACACAUGAUUAAGUACUAUCAACAAUAACGAUGAUUGAAGAUGGAUAAUGCACAAGUAGGCCAGAAUAUCCCAAAGUUCAAUGCAGAAAAAGAUGUAUGAAACGACAUGGCUCGAGGAUAUGAGAACUGGGUGUGUGAAGUUCUGCACCCCGAACUCACUUAGUCUAUGCGCUGCUGGUCCCUGUAGUAGCCGGCAUCUAAAGUGAGUUCAGCCCGCUGACACCGACCUCAACUUAGUGGAAAGGCCAACAUCAACAAUUCAAUUGCUCAACCCGCAGUCUACCAACGAACAACGGGCAAUUGAUUUUACAGAAUUCCGACGUUUUUCUCUGGGAUUGGCCUUGGACAGACGGGGGCAAGGGCCCAGUAUGCCCACGAAACCCAAUGCGACACCUCUAAUCAUCCUCGCGCCAGACGUCCCGCAACGUUGAACCAUGGCAAACCGAUACGCCGGCUCGUACCGUAAUGGGAAUACGAAUGGGUAUGGCUCAUAUGGAAGACAAGAGGAGGAUGAUUAUGAUCCAUUCGGCGACGACCGGUACGGUUCACCUCCGCAACAGUUCCAAUCGAACAGACGACCACCUCCCGAUAUUUCAUCCCGUAAUGGCGCCGGUUUUGGUGGCAGCUAUGGCGCAUCUUCUGCCGCCCGGCUGCAAAGAGCACAGGAAAGCAGCGCCGAGCGGCAGAUAGCUCAAGUUCUCGAGCAUGUCAGGGCCGAAUGGCCGGCCAUGUGUGAGACUGACUGCAUCCCUGCGUCGAUGGCCUUGCAGCUCCUCGAUAAUAGCUCAGUUGGCCGUGCCCACGAAUAUCGCAAGUUCCAGAAGACGCAUCAAUACUUACAAGAUGCCCUGAAGGGACUGGUCCACGAGCAUCACCAGGGCUUCAACAGCUCCAUUGGCACUUUCCACAAGAUCCAGGGCAGCAUUCAAGCCUCCCAGAAGCGAGUCCGCACAUUGAAAGAAUCGCUGACUGCAUCGCGGGCAAGCCUUUGCGCUACGGAUCCAGAACUCAAGAAGAUGUACAAGACAUCUCAGAUGUACGACGAUGUACUGCAGACGUUGAAUGAACUAGAAGACCUCAGGAUAGUACCCGAUCAGCUCGAGGCGCGCAUAUCCGAAAAACGCUUCUUAACGGCUGUUGAAGUCCUGCAGAACGCUCUGCGCAAGCUAAGGAAGCCCGAAUUGGACGAUAUCGGGGCAUUGAGCGAUCUGCGAAGCUAUCUUGCGAACCAAGAAACGGCAUUGAUGGAUAUCUUGGUGGAGGAGUUGCACGAACACCUAUACCUGAAGUCGCCCUAUUGCCAGGAGCGAUGGCAGAGCUUGUCCAAGAACCAAGGUACAUUGAAGGAGACCUAUAACGAUGUGCCGGCGGUCACUCCGUUUCAUAUCAUUCUCGAUGCGAUGGACCUGCACCAACCAGUAACGGAGGAUCCGGCCAAGAACCCUGAGGCAGACACCUUUUGGUAUAUUGGCCUGGUUGUCGAGUCCUUGAACAAGCUCGGAAAGCUGGAUGCUGCAGUUGAUACUUUGAAGCAACGCCUUCCGGUGGAGCUCUUUGCGGUAGUGAAUGAGACCAUAAAUGACGUGGAUCAAAGGCACCCAAGCUCCUUACGGGGUGGAUCGAUGAAUGCCGACAGCAUCCAUCUGUACGGCAACCGGGGGACUCAGAUGCGAGCCGAUGUCAUUUAUGACCUAUUAUGGACCCUAUACGGCAAGUUCGAGGCCAUUGCCGAGGGUCAUAGAGUUUUCCAUGAGACUAUCAAAGCACUCAUCCGGCGAGAAGGCUCUGGCAACAAUAACUCACUCCUGGGGAGCUUCAAGGAGCUGUGGAACCUUUAUCAAAAUGAGAUUCGCACCCUCCUACACAACUAUGUCACCACUGACGCCGAUGUCUACCACUUCAAUACUACGCCCAAACCCGGAAUGAAUGCCAACGGCUCGAAAGAUGCGUCCAGGGAGCAUCUAUUCAAAUUUUCAGAGACGGACCCGAAAGCUGUAGAGAUAGCCGCCGAAUACGAGGCUUUAGAUGGCAUCGUACGGGCCGCAGUGCCUGGUCUUACCUCUAGCUCUCGAAAAGGCAAGGAUCCGGACAAAAAGGCCACCAAGGACUCGCGAAAGAGCGCAAAUGCCGGUGCUUUCGAAAAUCGAACAUCACCCGGCUCGUACAAUCCUUUGGUUGAGCCUAGUGUAUUCAACAUGAGUUUGUUGCUUCCUCCAACGCUCGUUUUCCUUCAGCGAUUGAAGGUCAUUGUCCCACCUGGAUCGGAUCUGGCUGCCAGCACUUUGACAUCGUUCCUCGAUAACUUCCUCGUGAAUGUCUUCCAGCCACAGCUUGACGAAACUCUGGGCAAACUAAGUGAUGCGGUCUUCGGAGAGGCGGACUCGUUCCAACUAGACUCCAAUUGGAGCCUGGCGGCUCGACGGCCAGUAUUCAAGGGCACUACCGCUUUCUUUGCAGUGAUAACUGCAUUCUGCCGCAUGCUUGGCACAAUUCCACAUGAUCAAGCAUUGAGCUCCCUCAUUCUCUCGCAGAUGAACAGGUACUACGAACGCUGCUUCGGCUGGUACAAAUCAUUGGUUGCAAAGGCCUUGGAAUCGGUCUCACCACAACAGGCUCUGAGGUUCUCUGCCGAAAUCGCUACCACCGAAGGCGAUAUUCAAGAGACCAUCAAGAAGCUCUGGACAUCGGAGACGGUAGACCAUGAACUCCUGGACAAGGAGAUCGGACUACUCAUCAUGCGGACAAAUGAAAGGCCACUCGAGCCAAACGACAUAAUUCAAGAUCGGGAUGUCAUAUCUUCACUCUGCCUGUUGUACACAAGCAUGAAGUGGCUGUCAGUGAAAGUGAGAGGCCUGAGGCACAUCACAAGUCAUGACACGGACUCUUCGCGACCAACACUUCCCAAGAAUCAGAACCGCCGCUGGACUCUCCUGAAUGACCCUCACAAGGCUAGCAGUGAUGAAAACGGCCCUGUGUAUCUGCCAAUGACACAGGAAACAGUGCAAUCGUUCGAUAGCAUCGUGCUCGCCUACGAAGAACUGGCUGGAACGGUAUUAUUGACGGUACACCUGGAAAUCCGCUGCCGCAUUAUCUACUCACUCGCAUUAUCAUUAUCUCCGGCUACAGCCCCCUACGUCCUGCCGCUGGAUCAGGAAAUCAAAGACCCGGACCCGGACAUUCUCACACUCAACGCCGAGCUCGUCGCCUACGACGAGACAGCUGUGCGCUACUUACGAGAUCCCGAAAUCGCCUUUGUACGGACUGGGUUAGGACUGCUCAUUAAUUCCUACCUCGUCAGCAAUGCCCUUGCCACGCAGCCGAUGAACGCGCGGGGCUGCGAGCGGAUGCAACUCAACAUCCUGGUGCUUCAGCAGAACCUCAAGAACAUCGAGGCGGGCGUUGAUCUCACGAGGGCGGCAAACUACUUCUCGCUGUUCGAAGCCGGACCCGACGGCAUCGUCGAGAAGGCGAAGAACGACAAGGAGAGAGAAAAUGGGGGCCAGGAUAUCGCUGUACGAAGUGCCGAUAAAUUCAGCUACGACGAGCUUAAGGCUCUCAUUGAGUUGUGCUACAGUGAGCAAUUGGCGAACCCGGAGCGCGGCAUCGCAGCUGCUGCUAAGAGGCAGAUGGGCGACAAGGUGCUGAGUUUGAGCGAGUACAUGUGGCAGAGCUAGAUUCUCUGCGGCGAGAACGAGAUGCUGGUUCUGGAAUAGAGGGAACGCGGGUUCUUUGGGUUUACUACGUACGGUGUUCGGGGCUUACCCUUAGUGUAUACAAUGCAUCGUUUUAACCGUGGCAUU